AUGGUCGGAGACAAGCCUCGUGUUGGAAGGACCGAGCCUGGAGGAAUCCAGGGGUGUGCUUUGUGGCCAAUUUCGGUUGGAAUUAUGUGCUACCUGCCCGAACAUAUCGAGCAGGUCCCAAGGGGCCAGGGUCGGAGCCCUCAGAAGGAAACUCCAAGGUGCCUCUUGGCAAGUGGUUCAGCGGCUGGCCCACAGUAUCUUACAGAGUCUCGCCGGCAAUACUGGGCCAACUGGGAGUACCAGGCUACCCACGAGAGACGCCCCAGGUCUGUUCCGGACGAUGGCCUCUGCGCAGCCGACGGCCAGGACCGCGACGCAAAGCGGGACCUGGCGCUCCGCCGGGGAAGCAUUGCAGCAGAGCGUACCGCAGAGCCCGACUCAGGGCUGCCCGGUCAAAUCCGCGACGGGCACGCCAACGAGCAGGUGCAAAACAAGUACCAGGUUUGCGUUGUGCAAGAAACGCACUGGUCGGCCAGCUCAGAAUACCUCUCAGGGAAGUGGCUGUGUAUACACAGCGCACCGGCCCCUGCCGAUGCCGCCGCAGACAGGUAUGCUGGGCUGCUCGUCAUGUUGUCACGUGCCCACUUCCAGGACCCGGCUGUACAUGAGGUGAUCGGGGGUCGCGUGGUGCAUGUCCGUGCCAAGCCUAAGCGUUCGGAUGUUAGCCUGGAUAUAGUUGUUACUUACCAGCACGUGUGGCGCAGUCACUUAUCCACACAGGAAAACACCAAGCUCAGAGAUUCGGUUUGGGAUGCCCUUGAUGUCACCCUUGGCUCCUUGCCCUCUCGGAACAUCCUUUUUGCGUGUGGGGAUUACAACACUAACUUGCGACCACAGCACCCCCACGUGGGCAAUGCCGUGGGACCAGCCACUAGUGCUAGCACCAUUGACUCUCGUCUGCCCACGCUCUUUGCCAGGUGGCGCCUUGCUGGCCACCUGCCUAUUGAGGCUCAGCUACCGAUGUUACCGGUGCACUGGCGGCCAGGCCGUCCUCAGACCACAAGCCCGUCCAUCGACAAAGCCAGCUUGCUGGAGGCCGCUACCAGUUGCAAUGCGGAUGCGGCGGCCCUGCAAACCCUGGUCGCUGAAAAGCUGCAGGACCUUCCAAUCCGCGACCCACACGCCUUGCAUACCCGUGUCAAUCACAUACUCCAGCAAUGUGUGCAGCAGGUCUUCCCUCCGCCUCCGAUUGCCGACAGCCGUGUCAGCGCGCAGGCGCCACUCCGUGCCUCAGCCAGACAAACCUGGCGCUUGUAUGCUCUGCUGCGCAGGCCGCGUGUCGCCACCAUUGCCGUCAUGCUCCACAAGUGGAAGCUCUACCUGGCCUUUGCUCGGGCCUCCAGGGCCCUCCGCCAGCAGUGUAAAGACAUCAAGCGGACUGCUUUUGCUGCCAAACUGCUACAGGCCGAAGAGGCAGCCCAACGGGGCGACCAGCGUACCCUGUUUCAGAUCGUCCGCUCCUUGACACCCUCACCUGGGCGGGUCUUCUCGCGUCUCCGUGAUGACGAGGGGCAGCUCCUCAGCAAGAAUGCCGAAGUCCAAGCCUUGGCUACAAAAGCGGCCAAGGCGGUCCCCAGCCAUCUGGCACCAGCUCACCUGGACAUCUUCGGGGAGACCUCACUGCCUAUUGGACUCAUGGGGCCACCCUCAAAGGCCCUCGCGGGGGCCCUGCGUGAUCGUAUGCUUGAGCAGCUCAGCCAACUUGUUACCCAGCGCCCGCAGUUUGCCUACACGGCGGGACGUGGCACGCUGAAUGCCCUCCUUCGCAUCCACAUGCAUGUGGCGGAGGCCACCAAGCUGUUUCGCUUGCAGCAAAUUUCCAGAUUUGGGAUGUACGCGGGCAGGCGACCGCUGGCCCUUGCAGGAGCCCUCAGCCUGUCUCUUGACCUAAGUCGUGCCUUUGACCUGGCUGAUCGCUGCAGCAUAUACAGUACAUUGGAGAAGUAUCAGGUUCCCCAUGCUGUGGUCGAAGUGGUACAACGCCUCCACACGGGUGCGAGAUUUGUCUACCAGGCCGGGAACCACACUGCAGCUUUUGUGCCCACCAAUGGGUUGAAGCAGGGUUGCAAAGUAGCCCCAUGCCUGUGGGUAUGGUACACCAUUGCCCUGUUUGAUACCCUCGAAGAGCGCCUCUCCGAAGCUUGGGUGAGACACACACCCACCAUGUUUGCUGAUGACUGCUGGGCGCACUGGCUCAUAAAAUCCUCUGAUGAUCUUCAGCGUGCCCUCCGUGAGCUGCAAAUCCUGCUGUGCACUCUCGAAGAUUACAAAAUGCGCAUCAACUUCUCGAAAACAGCGAUCCUUCUAAAACUAGUUGGCAAGCAGGCACAAAAUGCACUCCGGGCGCACACCCGACUGAAGCAGGGGCUCCCUCAUCUCGUUGUGUUGGUAAAUGGCCGUACUCAGCUCAUUCCCAUUAAAACAGAGCAUGAGUACUUGGGGUCGAAGGCGGGCCAGCUCCGCUACCACUCCAUUCAAAAGUCCCUCACGGGUAGGCAUGCCAUCACGCAAGCUCAUCGAAUCCGGCUAUGGGCUGCUUGUGUCUUCACCAGCACUAUCUACUCACUCGCCGCAGUAGGCCUAACCACACAGGGGCUGCAGAAAUGGGAGACGCGCACCCUUAAGCACUUGCGGGCCAUCAUGCGGAAACCCGCACACCUCACGCGAGUCACCAAUGCAACCAUUUGGCAGCAGGCGGGGCUGCGCCAACCAGGGGAGCAGCUCCUGGACCAACUCCAGCAGGCCCGGGCCAAACUUGAGUUGCGCGCACGGGUUGCACCGGACAUUACCACUGAAGCAGGGGUACUGGACUAUCUGCGACAGCACGAGACGCACCUGCGUCUCUUGAUACAGCGUGAGCAGGGCCAUCCGCCGACACCCAUCCCUGUUCGACAGUAUGUCUGCCAACAUUGCGAGGCCGUUUUCCUGACGGAGCGCGCGCUCCACAUCCACUGCGGCAUCAAGCAUCCGGCUCCGGCCAGCGAGGCGGGCCGACCUGAGCCGAAACAUCUGUUUGAUCCUGCCCAACAUUCGGUCGGCGGCCUGCCGCACUGCAGGGCUUGUGGUCGCAAAUUCACGAAAUGGCAGUAUCUCAAACAUCACAUUGAGGUGGAGUUGAGAGCGGAGCUCCAACCGCCGACUCAGAACUCCAGGCUCAUUGUGUCUUGUGCCACUUCUGGGACAGCGUUGAAUGCAUCUGCAAAUCCUUCAGAAGCCAGCUCAGUAGUGGCCGAAACUGCCCCUGGUGUGCCAGACGAGUCUGGGCUCCAGCCAGGCACGCAGUCCAGUGUCCGGUGCUCUAUCAACUGGUCCUUGCUGCGAGGUACUGCCAGCAACAAGCCGCACGAGAUGCCGAGCGACUCUAUCAUGAGUCCGGACGGGCAGGGAAUCAACCCGGAGGCGGACAUCUUCCGGUACGUGAACUUCCAGAACAGCACAUCGCAACGCGGGCAGGGGAGCGACACCUCGGAGGGCCAGCCUACCAAGCGACCACGCCCGGAGCAGCCUGCCACCAGACAGCGCCGUCACCCAAAGCAACCGGGGCGACCAUUCGGGGCCAGCGCACUCGGGCCACAUCAGGACACCAUCAAGACCCUCACCAAGGUCAUCAUCCGCCAGGAGGACCAGCUUGCGGAGCUACGUGGAGACAAAGGCUUUUGUCUUUUCCUUCGCGAGGACCCGGAGGUGAGCAUUCUACCGGCCCUCAUCCAGAUCUCCAAGGAUUGGCACGCUCGCCAGGACGCUCGCGAUGCGACACUCAAGUCCCCGCUGAGGACGCUGUUGAUGGCUUGCCUCAUCCGCCGAUUGCGGGAACUCAUGGUGCUCAUGACCUCCACACCGGAGUCGGUCAAGAAGCUCCAGGCAGCGGACUGGAUGAAUCAGGCCGAAGAGUGGACGUACUUCAAGUGGAGCCAUCAGGAGAAAAGGCUGGUCAGGGACACGGACAAGGAGGUGGGGGAUGCCAAUGCCACAACGGCGCUCUUCUUCCUCUCCGUCUCCCUGCGAGGACCGGUGGCGCAGCAAGUGCACGAGCAUCUGGUGCAGUUGAUUGGGGUCUCGGCGCUGAUGUUGAUCGGGGCCUCCCUCAAACGGAAAAUACCGAGACGGGCAGCAAUCGUGCAGCAGCUGGCGGAGGCAGUCUUCAAUUGA